CAGAGUGAGUUUGUAUCAGAGUUUGUGAACACAUGAACAUGGCUUCAUCCUCUGUGGGCUUUUUCCUCCUCUUCAUCGCUCUGCACCGAGCAGAUGGAUUUUUAAAUACCAGAGUGGCUCGCUGUGUUUUUAACUCCACGGAGUCAAAAGACAUCGAGUACAUCGACUCGUACAUUUACAACAAACUGGAGCUCACCAGGUUCAGCAGCAAAGUGGGAAAGUUCAUCGGUUUCACUGAGUACGGACUGAAGAACGCAGAGUUCUGGAACAGUGGUCCAUUCCUGGAACAAGAACUGGCUGAGAAGGACAGAUACUGUGGACACAACAUCCCGAUCUGGUACAAUAAUGCUCUGACAAAGUCUGUUGAGCCUUAUGUCAGACUGAGAUCCAUGACGCCCCCUGGUGGUAAACAUCCCUCCAUGCUGGUGUGCAGCGUCUACGACUUCUACCCCAAACAAAUCCGUGUGAGCUGGCAGCGAGACGGACACGAGGUCACCUCUGAGGUCACGUCCACUGAAGAGCUGGCAGACGGCGAUUGGUACUACCAGGUCCACUCCCACCUGGAGUACACGCCCAGGUCUGGAGAAAAGAUCUCCUGUGUGGUGGAGCAUGCCAGCCUCAAAGAGCCUCUGAUCAAAGACUGGAACCCGUCUCUGCCCGAGUCUGAGAGGAACAAGAUCGCCAUCGGAGCGUCAGGACUGAUCCUGGGUCUGAUCUUAUCUCUGGCUGGAUUCAUCUACUACAAGAGGAAGGCCAACGGUCGGAUUCUGGUCCCUACAAACUGAUGUUGGAGUUCUGAUGGAGGAAAAGCCUCCUUCAGUCUGCUGGAUUGUGUCUUUGUGCAGCACGCUGUGAGUGCUGCCACCUGCUGGACCGGCUGACCUGUUUUUCUGCUUAAAUCUUCUCUGAUGUAUCUGCACUUUGACAGUGUGUCUGUUUCAAACCUGAUCCAGGUCCAUCCAACCUCCAUCACAGUCUGAUAGGUUUCAUUUCACACAUUCACAAAGUUUAUCAACUGAAACUUAAAAUACAGACUCUGCAAGAGGACAUUGAACGUCUCAGUUUUAAAGUCACAAAAAUUAAACUUAUUUUAAUAAUGAAGUGAUUUCCUCUGAGAACACACCAAACCAGUUUAAACCAUUUUAAAAUACUUUAAUUGAGUCUGAAUCAAAAGUUUGAGAACGUCAGCAGGUCAGCGCCCCCUUUAGGUCACAUUGUGAUUAAUUUAGACAUCACAGCUUUCAAUAUAGUUUUUUUUAUUAGUUAAUGGACAUUUUGAACAAGUUUUCAGGCUGGACUGAGACCAGAUUUAAGGUGGACCUAGAAUCAUUUUGAACCAGUGAAUCUUUAUGGAUCAUUACAAACUGGUUCUGACUGGUUUUCAGGGAAAAAACAAUCAAUGAUAUAACCCAAUCUGACCUCUGACCCCUUACAGACCUCAUUGGCGUCUGAAAUCACAAGGCUGAGAGUUCAAAAACACAAACACCAAUAUUUGUUCAAUUGUUAAUGUAAAAACUAUAAAUAAAACUAUAAAUGGACAUAAAUCUGAUUCAUGGGGGUGGGGGGGGCACUUUUUAAGUUUUGAUUUAUUUUUUAAAUUUUGCUGCAGUUAUUUGAGGGUUCAGUAUGUCUGCAUGAGCACGUUCUUGAUGAUGAUGUCACUGUAGGACCGCCCUAAACCCUUACCCACGGGGCUUUGGGAUUACACUCUCGUUCACUGAUGAUGGACUGAUUUCCUUCUGAGUUCAGCAGCAUUGUUCUCAGUGCUGCCCCUGGUGGUCAGAGUUGAUAUGACAUCAUUGAUCUGAUUUGUUUUCUUUCUUUCAGAAGAUGUUUUUGAGAGUGUGAAGCUGCCUGACGCCUUCUUUCUGUUCAGUCACUGAGAUGUUCACUCAUCCUGAAGUCAGAUUUUUCUCUUCGGUUCUUAAACUUUCAGAAUGUCAGAACUUAAAUGGAUUCACUGCUGAUCAGGUUCAAAUCAAAUCUUCUUCAUCUAAAAACUCAGAAGAACAUUUAAUCAUGAUUUUACAAAUAGUACAAACCAUUUAAAAUGAUAAUAAUGAGUUAUUGAAUGAAUUUCUUCUUCUGAUUGUUAAAUCGGUGUGUUUCUGCUGGAGUGGGACGUUUUUAACUUCAAUAAACCAACACAAAACUGA